CACGCGCUGGGAGGCGUCGCGAGCGAGCGCGGGAAGGAAAGAAGGAGAAGAGAGGGAGAAGAGAUAUCGCGAGCUCCUCUAAACAGGUGGUCCCAAAAAGAGCGGAAGACAGACGGCAAGCAAGCAAACAUGUCGUCCGACUGGGGGAGAAGCGAAAAGUCACUUUAGCAGAAGUACCACCGAACGAAGCGAACCAAGAGAGACCCCCCCCCCCCCCCCCCCCGUAUCCCCUCCGCAGCCGUCCACCUCCCCAUGCAGCUUGUGGACUUGUUGCGAUUCUUCUCGCCUGGCUUGGGAGCAUCGAGCGAGCGCCGAAGGAGACCAUGAAAGUGACUGUGUGCUUCGGACGGACACGCGUGGUCGUGCCGUGCGGGGACGGCAACAUUCACGUGUACGCGCUCGUCCAACAGGCCGUCAUGAGGUACAAAAAGGCCAUAGCCAAGGACGCCAGCUACUGGCUGCAAGUGCACCGCCUGGAACACGGCGAUGGCGGCAUCUUGGACCUGGAUGAUGUGCUGUGCGACGUAGCGGACGACAAAGACCGGUUAAUUGCCAUCUACGACGAGCAGGAGCCCCACCAUGGCGGCGACGGCACCAGUGCCAGUUCCACGGGCACCCAGAGCCCGGACCUCUUCGCCACUGCCGACCUCGCGCCGGGCGCCGCCUCGGCCUUCCAACCCUACCAGGUGGCCAGCGAGAUCGAAGUCACGCCGUCGGCCCUGCGCACCAACAUGCCCCUGCACGUCCGGCGCAGCAGCGACCCCGCCCUGCUGUGCCUCAACGGGCCGUUUGGCGGCGCCGCCGUCAAUUCGCGAGUCCAAGCGGAAGAAGCUCCGUCGCGGAAGACCCCUACCCGAUGGUCCACCACCGCUGGCUUCCUCAAAACCCGCCACGCCUCAGGCACCAAUAGCCUGGAGAGGAAGGGUAAAGUUUCGGACACGUACCGCAGCCUGCCAAGGGACGCCGGCACGUGGGCCAAUCAGCGAGACUUUCAGAGGGAGACGGCACGCUCCUCCCUCAGUGCCAAGCACCCCAUGGUGGACUGCUGGCUGGAGAGGCAGGAACAGGAGGACGAGGCACGCGAGCAAGAAAAUGGCCGCAUCGAACCGGUGGGCCGAGCCGACUCGUGCUCCGAUCACGUCGUCGCCGCCGGGUCUCUUGGAGACCUAAUCAAAGUGGUGGAGGUGACGAACGAUGGCGGGCCUCUGGGAAUCCAUGUGGUGCCUUUCAGCGGCAGGGACAGAAGGACUCUCGGCUUGUUGGUCAAGCGUCUGGAGCGAGGCGGCAAGGCCCAGCAGCAGGCCCUCUUCCAGGAGAACGACUGCAUCGUCAGAAUCAACAACGGGGACCUGCGCAAUGUCCGCUUUGAACAAGCCCAGAACAUGUUCCGCCAGGCCAUGCGGUCUCCCGUCAUCACGUUCCACGUGGUGCCGUCUUCGGUAAAAGCCCACUACGAGCAUCUGUCCCAGGCCGAGAGGAACCCGGCGUACUCGUCGGGACGCUUCGGCGCCGACUUGGCGUCGGCCGGCGCGGCGGAAACGGCGCCCCGCAGGAUGUCCCGACGUGGCUCCCACAAGCAUCCGGAUCAGGCGGACGGCUACCCGCCUGCCGCUCACCCGCCGGCAGUCUCCGCCGCCAAACCUCCCACCGGACAGAUUCACUCGCCGCAGAGGGGGGCGACGUCCACCCCCACGCCGGCAUACAACAAGAAGGUCGGGAGGAGGCUCAACAUUCAGCUCCAGAAAGGGCCAGAAGGUUUGGGCUUCAGCAUCACGUCGCGCGACGUGCCCAUAGGGGGCUCGGCGCCUAUCUACGUCAAGAACAUUCUCCCACGAGGAGCCGCCAUACAAGAUGGACGCCUUAAGGCCGGUGACCGAUUGCUCGAGGUGAACAGCAACGACCUGAAUGGCCGCAGCCAGGAGGAGGUGGUGGCCAUCCUCAGGGCCACGCCAAUGGGGGGCACCGUGGGGCUGCUGGUCCUCCGCCAGGAAGACACCUUCCUCCCUCAAGAAGCGCAGGGUGGCGAGGCGCAGAUGCAAAGCCCCAGAGAUUUGAAGACAGAGGACGACGAGCUGGUGCUGACGCCGGACGGCACUCGUGAGUUUCUGACCUUCGAGAUCCCGCUCAGUGACUCGGGCUCGGCGGGCCUCGGCGUCAGCGUCAAGGGGAACCGGUCCAAAGAGAACCACGCCGACCUCGGCAUCUUCGUCAAGUCCAUCAUCAACGGAGGGGCUGCGUGCAAGGUCGCUGACGGGCGUCUGCGCGUCAACGACCAGCUGAUUGCGGUCAACAGCGAGUCGCUGCUGGGCAAAACCAACCAGGACGCCAUGGAGACGCUGCGCAAGUCCAUGUCCACCGAGGGAAACAAGCUCGGGAUGAUCCAGCUCAUCGUGGCCAGACGCGUCGGCAAGAUGGGCCAGGAGGCAGUGGGAGAUCUACCGGGACCUGAGCAGAGCGCCAACACUUUGUCUCUGGACGAGCAUGAGCGUCGUAUCUCCCACUCCCUGUACGGCGCGCUGGAAGAUCUGGAUGACAACCUGAUGCCACGACAAGGCUUGAUGCCACGUACGCUUGGCCACUACCAGCUUUCUCCCACUGUCAACAUGCCGCAGGACGACACGGUCAUCAUCGAGGACGACGGGCCGCCGCUCCUCCCCCCUCACCUGUCGGACCAGUCGUCAGCCAGCUCCCACGACGACGUCGGCGCAAGCGGCGGCAACGUGACGCCGUCUUGGGUGCAAGAGAUGCCUGGUCCCAACCACAGCUCGCAGGUUGAGGACGAGAGCCCCGCAGACGCAGACGCCGCCUUCCGGCGCGAAGGUUUCGGCCGCCAGAGCAUGUCGGAGAAGCGCACCAAGCAGUUUGGCGACGCCUCGCAGCUGGAGAUCAUCAAGACGCGCAAAUCCAAGAGCAUGGAUCUCGUAGCUGACGAGAUUAACCUCAGCCCUCGUCCUGAUGCCGACACAGGUUCGUCCACGAAGGACGUGGGUCCGUCGUUGGGCCUGAAGAAGUCCAGUUCCCUGGAGAGUCUCCAGACGGCUGUGGCCGAGGCCACGCUCAACGGCGACCUUCCUUUCCACCGGCCCCGCCCUCGCAUCAUCCGGGGCCGCGGCUGCAACGAAAGCUUCCGCGCCGCCAUUGACAAGUCGUACGACCGGCCGGCCGCCGAGGAUGAAGACGAGGGCAUGGAGACCCGUAAGACCUUCGCCUUCAAACCGCGUGGCUCGCCGAUCGCAAUUUUCCUUCCCCGGCGAGGACCUCGGUUACCACUGGAAGAAGACACGGAGGAGAGUUCUCGCUCAGGUCGAGAUUCCGUGUCUACGGUGGCAGAGUUGACGCCGCCGUCGCCCGGCGGAGAAAGGCCGACGUCCGCGACGAUGCUCAACGGCAACGUGAGAGCCAAAGACGACAAGAAGGACAAAAGCGGCAAGGACAAGAAGAAGGGGGAUGCGCACAAGGACAAAGACAAGGCAAAAGCCAAGAAGGGGAUGCUCAAAGGACUCGGAGAGAUGUUCAGGAUCGGGAAGCACCGCAAAGACGACAGAAUGGAACGCAAAGGCUCCAGCAAAUGGCGGCACGAGGAGACGCAAGUUUCAGACGACGAGACGCUUAAAAUGAGGCUGGAGCAAGAAAGGAUCCAAGCCAAGACGCGCGAGCUGCGUGAGCGGCAGGCGCGGGAGCGAGACUACGCCGAGAUCCCGGACGCCGGCCGCGAGCCGGAGAGGUCCUCGGAGGAUGAGCGGGCGCACGGCGGCGACCGCUACUCGCGCUUGCCCCAGUCCCACCAUCAGCACCUGGAUUCCCUCUACACACACGUCAGCAAGGCGUCUACAGACAGCAACCGCGUGGCCCCGAGCAACCAUGACCGGAUACAGCGGCUGAGGCAGGAGUUCCAGCAGGCUCAAAACCUUCCGGACGACAAUAACGCCGACGACGACCGCCGCCGUGCGUUGAGCUUCGAGCAGCCCUGGUCGGACGGUCCCGACCCAGGCCAGCUGCCGGGUCGUCACUCUGUGUCCGUGGAGGUUCAGAUGCAGCGGCAGAGGCAGGAAGAUGCUUUUGCUCAGGCUCAGCGGCAGUACAGCUCUCUGCCACGCCAACCCCGGAAGACUGCCAGCUCCAUUUCCCAGGACCCUUGGGAAAAGUCGUACCCGACCGGCGAGGUCUUCCAAGCGGUCAAGGACAAUCCUCGCUACUCCAGCUACCAAGGGGCCCGCAAUGGCUUCCCCAGCGUGGCCAACGUCAAUGCCAGGGUCCUCCUGGAGGCGCAGGAGCUCCUCCGGCAAGAGCAGAGGCGGCGAGACCUGGAGGCCAAGGACCGGGCCUCCCCCAGGGACCCGAGGGCCUCCCCCAGGGCUUCCCCGGCGGCAUCGCCCAAGGGCCCGUACCGCCACGACGUGCCGCCUUCGCCCUCGCAGCUGGCCAGACUUAACCGCAUGGGCUCAGAGAAAGGACGACUCUUUUAUUCCUGAGGAGGAGGGAGCGCCUUGGCCUUGCGGGACGUUCUUUUUGUGACACAUUUGGCGACACCAUCCGUUCUGUGAACCAAAAUUGUUGGAACCCACCUCUGGACGUGGCUCAACCUUCCUUGUCUUCAUUUAUUUUUUCCGAGAAACAAUUGUUGGUUUUCCACCUCAAUACUAGGCUAACAUGCUAGCCAGUCUGGAUAGUGACAGUCCAUCGACUUCCAGUUCAUCCUACCAAAAUAGGCGUUCAUAGGAAAACAAUGUGCUUUUGCUUUUAAUUUUGCACCUCAAAGCUAAGCCGCCAUGCCGACCGACAUAGCCAACAUAGCGACGCGAGUUCACCAUCGAAGACAGUGGCGGAUUUGUGAAGAUUUGUAUUUUUGGCCCCACUUCAAUGCUGUGCUACAUUCACUUCCUCUCUUCAUUCUCACCACAGCAAAAGAAAACUGAAAUGUUGCCUUCUGUGUCCCAAGCCCAUUAAUCGCCCAGACCCACAUGUCCUGAUUCGGUCAACUUCUUGGCCGCUCUUCCAAAAUAAGACUCGUCUCCCCAAAGAGAUGCAAAAUAGGAGACCCGGCGUGUCGCUAAUAGAACUAUAAAGCCCCCCCCUUCAUAAAUAAUAAAUGAAGUGCCAUCUCCAUGGAGGAGGCUCUGCCAGCAAGGGCUGACAGCUCUGAUCUGCUGCCUAACACCCCCCCUUCCCUAUUCCCCUCCGCCACCACUCUGGGCUCAACUCACUGGCCUGCCUGCCGCUCCGAGCUGGUAUUGUUGUUGUUCAUUAUUUUACCUCGAUGCCUUCACUCCCCCCACCACCACUUCAUUGUCACCCUCCUCCAUUUCCCCUCCUGCUUCCUCUCACGAGCUGCUCUCUAACACUGAAUUUUUCAUCGCCAGCCACCUGCUGCCCGCACUACAAAAAGAAAACCAGACAAACCACAAAUGAGCUCAUUUUGACACAAUUAGGCCUUUGCGUGUCAGCAUGCUAGCUGACCAGCAUGUGUCGUGAGCUAACACAACAUUGCUCACACCGUUUUAGUGAUAUUAUCGUGGCCUUGUUAGCCAUUAAUGCUCCAUUAGCGACACUGUCAGGGCCACAAUUUAGACAUCAAUUUGGCCGUGUCCACUGUUGGUGAAUGAGGGCCCCCGUUGUCAGGAUCCCCUAGCAUCAUUGUGGGCCAAAUUUCUGUUUGCAUCUUUGUUGCCAACGCUGGUAGUUUUAGCAACUAUGCUCGUACCUUGUUAGCAUCAUUGCUGGCCACGUUGUUAGUUACUCCCGAUUGAAGUUACUGUAAUUUCAUUCCAUGUUGUUUUUGACAAAAGAUUAACCUUCGCUGCUGCUAAAUGCUCACCCAGGCUAAGCUACUAACAUGAAGGGAAAACGGAUCGUUUAAUGCGUUCAUUUCUCAAACUUUCCAAAGAAGCCAUAAAAGCGUUCCAGACUAGAUGCUAAUGAGGUAAGUGGCUAGUUGGCACAAUCAUGUCACUAUUUAAUGUGUUAAACUUGCGACUUUUUUUGUCUUUUUUUCUGUUUUGUGCGCGGAAACAAGUUGAAAAAACAAAAUGAAGUUUGUGAUCACCACAGUAACAGAUGUGAUCGAAAACUGGUUGACUCUGCAGUCGUCUCUAUCAAAUUGCAACCUUGCUAAGUGCCUGAUGAUAAUGAUGUCAUAUUUUACGCACAGAAGGAUACGACUUUUGCUUAUACAGGCUUUGUCAUACUACAGUAUUUGAUGAAAUCCCGGUACUCCUUCCUCCAUUUCGUCUGGACCUUUAGCCCCGCUGUGGCAAGCGGUCAGCCAUUUUGGAGCGAUGUUUGUAUCCUGAUUUUUAUUUUUCUAACAUAGAAUGAAUUGUGGAAGCUGAUGUGCAAUUGUUUAUUUUUCAUUGUCAUGUUAUCAUAGGUUGUUGUGUACAUAUCUAAAUGUAGAAUAAAAAUGACUUUCUCGUUA